UCCCGCGACAGCACGUCAUAUCGAACGCUAACGAAAUUCGGUAGCAGUUCGUGCAGUCGUCGAGAUUAGGAGUGACGUCAAAUUGACGUCACUUUGGCAGGCAGUAGUGUGAGGGUCAGGAUAGGUUUGAGUUUUGUUCGCGGGAGCAUCAGCAUUUAGGAACGUCUUAUUUGACAGUGGGUCGAAAGGGAAUUCGCGAACUACGUGAGGCAAUAAGCGAAGCUGUAUUGGAGAUCCGUAAUUAGGCAUGGAAGCAGAUAAGCUGAAAUUACCUCAGAAUAAGGACAGUACAAUGUGCUUUUCGUCUAGUAGCAAGGUAUUUGCAACAAAUAAAAAAUCUAUGAAGAAAUUCCAGGAAGAAGAAGCAUUUCAGAGGAUGAAUUUUUUAUACCAGGCAGCAGCUUCUCUUCUGUUAAAGUAUCCAAACCAUUUUGACAUAGCUACCCAUUAUGGAGCUAUUAUGAGGAGCAUAUCAAAGAAAUCAGUUCUUCGUAUGGAUAUCAGCUUGAAACGCAGCAUUUGCAAGGGAUGUUCGAUACAGCUCAUCCCAGGCGUGACUGCUAAAGUCCGUAUAAAAAAUAGACCAUCGCCAUGUGUGCUAUGGACAUGUACCAUCUGCAAUACUUCAAAGAGGUAUCAUAAUAAGAAGGGAUAUCUUACAUGGACUGGAAGACCAGAGUCAGUUGCCAACGAUUGAAAUGGUACAUUGUUUUCCUGACCUUUGACUCUUGUUUACUUGCAAGGAUACUGGAACUGGUUGACAUCACCAAUUGUUUGUAAUUUAUUGUCUUUAUUAUUUGUACAAAACAUGAGACUAUCUUUAGAAAAAUAGUUAUAAAAGUAGCACUGAGCCAGCCACAAUGUAAAUCAGAUGAAGAUCACUGCAAACUUUGAGGAAUUUGUAGUGUCAAAAUGUAAAAGAAGUGAAUGGUUUAUAAGAAAUAUUAUCACAAAAAAUUAGUGAAUAAACCUUUGAUUUUAGAAACUUGAGAUUCACCUUUGGCAGUUCUGGUUAUUGCCAGUAUCCCAUUAUGCACCUUGUUACUGUUUUUGUUAAGACAGGCUGUUUAUCUGUUAGCUGUAACUGAAAGCAUUUUUGGAAUAACCAGAUAUGUCCAGUUUUUGCUGAAAAUGCAAUUUUAUUACCAUUGGAUGAUUUGAAAAUUGCUCGAUCAUAUGUUACAAGAAUGAAUUCCUCUGCCAGCUAAAUCUGAAAUAUAAAUACGUCGUGAAUCUUGCUGAGGUGUAAAAUAUGCGCCAGCCUUGGACAUGGAAUUUUAUACAUUGGUCUGUGUCAGGACUGUUAUGGAUGCUUCAUCUUCCCUUAAUUUUCACUUCACUGUAAAGUGCUAAUAUUUGCUGUUUCUUCAGUUUCUUGGUUGGUUAUGUGACAGUUUUAAAACCAAGUUGUUUGAUGCAGGAGAGAAAAGUCAGUUUAUUUAAGAUUCAAUAAAUAUCAAUUCUCUGUUUACAUAACAAGUUGGUGAUGUAAAUAAAGGUUGGAAAAAGA